CCCGUUAAGGACGGGUUUGAGUUUUAAUUCCCCAUCCCCGUUUGGGUUUGAAGCGGGUAACGGGGAUUGAUUGAGGAUUCGGGUUUGAGUUUGGGGGAGGUAAAAACCGUUCCCAACCCGCCCCGUUGCCAUGCCUACUCAUGGUGACACUCUCUAGUGCUAUUUUACUCUCGAUUUAAAAUGGAAGUAGAAUUUUUUUCCAAUAUUUACAUCAUUAGCAUCUUGCAAUUGGUGGCAUCUACCUUUAGACCAGUGGGAGAAACCAAUGUCUUGUAACCCAAUGUUCAAGUACAAUCGACAAUUCUCAGGUACAAAAAACAGCAGAGUUUGGCCGGCAAACAAAAACAACUUUAAGGGACAACUUAUACAUAUAUAUACAUAUGGUGAAUGAUACUUUUGCCUAAACAACAAAUUCUAGAGAGAAAUUAUGGCUUCAUUUUCAGUGGAAGAAUUCAUAGGAAAUGGGGUUUUAAAGGAACUGCUUCAAAAACUAUUGGAAGAAGGUUGGGAUGAUGUACCAACACUGAAGAUUAUGGGUACAGAAGACAUGGAAUUAAUAUACAUGACACAAAAGCAAAAGGAAGUACUUGGAAUGAGAUGUUACCUACAUGAUAAAGGACUGAUGCAAUAUGCAGAUAAGAUGGAGGAAAGUGGCGAAAAUCUGCUGGAGCUUCUCAAACUAAGCACUAAUGAUCUUGUUUCCAAGUUCGAAAUGAAAAGAGGCCACGUUGCCCGAUUCAUUAACAAAACACGACGCGAUGAUUCUCUUAAACUACAAAAACUUCCUCUAAGAAGAAGAACAAGCAUAGUAAUUCAUGGAGACGAUAGCAUCAUCCCGAAGAGUAAUGGAUCGAAUUAUACGUCAAGUAACAGUAGUACUACAAGAUCGAAUACGAGAAGUAAUGCAGGUUCGGAUGAGCAAUCAAUGAUUAAUGAUAUGAAGAUUAAAGACGGAUAUGUUUUUAAAGGGAUUGUAGCUUCUGAACCAGCUGAGCCUAGAGCAUGUGGUUGUCUCAAACCACCUCAAGUUAGUGACCAAGUUGCUAAUUAUUGUGCUGUUGAGAAUAUUUCAGUUCAGAAAUUAACUCCCGAGUAUAAGAUUGGUAUGGAACCAUUGUUAAAAUUUAAAACUCCACCAUUGAAGGCUUCUGAACUUUGGCGAAAUAAACCGGCUGUUUUCUUGUGUCUUCGACGACCAGGGUGCAUCAUGUGUAGAGCUGAGGCACACCAGCUUUAUUUGAGAAAACCAAUAUUUGAUUCACUUGGUGUUCAACUGUUCGUAGUUCUUCAUGAGGACAUAGAAUCAGAGGUAAAAGAUUUCUGGCCUAGAUACUGGGGAGGAGUGGUAGUUCUUGAUCGUAGCAGGGAGUUCUAUAAAGCUCUUGGUGGUGGAAAACUACUUAAAGAGAAUUUUAUAUCAGGGUUUUUGCUGAAUCCGAGAGCACUUUCGAAUUACAAGCGAUCGAAAAGUAUGAACAUUGAGUAUAAUUUUAAAGGUGAAGGUGAAAUAAAGGGAGGACUGUUUAUUAUAGGGAGUGGAAAGAGUGGCAUUGCUUAUCAGUUUAUAGAGAGAAACUUUGGAGAUUGGGCACCAUUAGCUGAAGUCAUUGAAAUAUGUACUCAAAUGCAGAAGGUAACAAGAGGGUGA